AUGUAUAACGAAAGCUGCUUCGAAUCGACCACCGAAACAGAACUUAUAAAUGAUGAAAAGUAUUUCCCUAAACCAGAAACUGAGCCCGUACUGCCAACGGGUAAACAAAUGGACAUCGCUAACGAAGUCAUUACCAACAUCGCGAAAGGCAACCAGACUUUGCUAUCGAUUAUUGGCUGCGCUGGAACGGGCAAAAGCGUUAUUGUAAAACAUGUACACUGGGAAUUAGCCAAACGCAACACGCGCACGCAUGUGUGCGUCGUAGCACCUACGGGAACCGCUGCCAAUAUUAUCGGUGGAACUACUAUUCACUCGUACUUUGGGAUCGGAAUAGAUAACAAACACAAAACAGAAAGAGACACCAUUGAAUACUGGAGAGCACAUUUGGUUGACGUCAUAAUUAUUGAUGAGAUGAGCAUGGUCACUCAGGAAAACACCUACAAGAUAUUUGGCAAAGUAAUUGGAUACAGAGAACAAUUCCCUCUACAAUUAGCGUAUGCUCUGACUAUUCACAAAAUCCAAGGCCAAACAUUAGAGAAA